AUGACUUUUUCUGUAUUACCAUUCAUUGAAAUCCUCGUCGCAAACGCUCUAAUCGUACUCGGGUUGAUGAUGUGCCGCGACGACAAGAAAAGCUACCCCGCUGCGUGUAACCCCGGGACCCCGCCAACGCCCGUAACGCCACCCCCCGAGAUUCUGCUCGUCGGCACGGGCACGGAAGAGGACGAUACGCUUCGCAAUGUGGCCAGUCUGAGGGAAGACGAGAGCCUCAAAAAGCCGCGUGGCAGGCCGCAGAGGCACCAGAUGGGCAGCCGAAGCAAGUCGCGCGAGCCGCUCUUCAGC